UCGCGAGCAAUGAAAAUUACCAUUGCAGGCUAUUCGGAACUUUUAACUUUUUAAUGCGACUUUUUCAUUGCUCGGGAGAGUUGGGAGUGUAUUUUAUGCAACUAUUUUCUGUGUGUGUACAAAUAAGAAUAUUCUAUCUAUCUAUCUAUCUUUUCAUCAAUUACAUUUUUCGCUUUCCAUCUAAACUGACCAGACUUAGUCACUGUCAGCUCACAUGUUAUACCUGUACUCAUGUACUGUCCUCAGGUAUGUAUGACGUGGUUUCCCCAUGUAAAGCCUAAAGAUGGGGUGGACGUUGGUCAGACCAAACCAGAGCUAGAUCCACAAAAGAGAGCCCUAGAUGGUGCCGUAAAGGAAGCCGUACUGCAACAGAAGGACGCUCUCUUAGACAUGUUAGAGAAAAAGCUGAAGGAAGCAAGUGAGAACAAGAAGAAGAGGCGAUUAGAGGACAAGGUCGUUGACCCGGCCAGGUGCGACCCCAUGCCCGACGACGUAGACAUGAAGAUAAAGGCUAAUGGAAUUAACGCCGUAGGAGAUAUCGACCUUUUACUUAAAUUAGGGCGAAACGGUAAUGAACUUUAGAAGUACGCUAUUAAUAACACGGAAUAUUCAUUUGUGAACGAUUCUAAAGCUAGGAAAAAUAAGCUUUAAACUAUCUAAAUGUAUAUUUUAGCAACGGUAUUUUUUAUAAUAUCAAGGUAUUUUCUACACUUAAAAAAAUAAUAUGUGUUUUGUUUGCAAAACAUUUGACAGUCAAUUUCAAUUGUUUGUGAUGAUUUGGUAUAUUGAUGAUACGAUGGUUUACUAAAUAAUUAUUGUUUGUUUUUGUAGGUAAAGAUAAUUUGCGUUUAGAAUCGUCGGGUGUAUCAAACGUUGGGAAAACGUAUCUAGAAAUGGGAAUGCCAAAUAACAACUUAUACAUACCGGGUUUACACGAUUUGUUUUCU